AUGCCUUGGGAUGAUAUUCCUUUGGAAGCCAUCCAAUAUGAAUACCAAAAGCCAGAGAGUCAACAAGACCUCACAGCAUCCUAUGCACAGGUAUGCACAAAUGUCGAAGCAGCAGCAGCCCUUGCCCUGACAGCCAAACACAAAGCGUUGCCGGAUGCCUGCAAAGGCAGAGCCAAAACGACUGAGGUACGGUGGAGGCAGGAGUACUCAGCCCCGCUCCGACCGUCCAGAGAAGGGGAGUACCAACCCACAUACCAUGGCCUGAACAUCCAGCAUGCUAGAUGGAUAAGGCAGUAUAGAAGGAUUCUCAACUUCACAAGACUUCCACCGGAAGUUACCGGUAAUGCUUUGACCCACCGACGUAAGUUGUGGCAUAGCAUCAAGACAGCACCAGGCUUUGCACCAUGCUUUGCACAAUGGUGGAUGGACAACACUCGAGAAAGCCUGCCGGUUGAAGCCCCGAGCCACCAGAUCUCGGUGUCCAUUUGUAGCCACUUCCAUAAGCACUUGCAAGCCUUUGAGAAGGCCUUGAAUCAACAACGGACAGCAGCAGCCAAGCAAAGAAGGGACAAACUCUGGCUUGACAAUGUGGAAGGUCUCCAAAGUGGCCAGAUGGUUUCGCAAGACAAAUACAUCGGAGAUCUCACCGAACUCUUCGAACAGUUUGGCCAAGAAUGGUCUCGUAGAUGGGAUCGCCACUUGCAUGUUGACCCCAACAGGUGGAACCCAAUCAUCUCUUUUGCCGAACAGGUUCUCCCACGACCACCACCUAUGAAAUGGGCAGAGACGGUCAACCAAUAUAGGCCAAUAACCUUGUUCAGCCUGUGUUACAGAACAUGGUCGUCCAUACGUGCCAGACAGGUGUUGGCCCAUUUGGCACCGCUUGCGCCUUCCACAUGCACUGGCAAUUUGCCGGGUAAACACUCAGCACAUGUUUGGUAUGGUGUGAUGCAGGAAAUCGAACUAGCCCAACUCAACCAAGGAAGCCUCUCCGGAUGGGUGGUAGACCUGAUUAAAGCCUUUAACAUGCUGCCACGAACGCCCAUCAUGCAUUUCAUGGCCCUUCUCAACGUUGCACCACGUAUCAUGCUUGCAUGGGGUAAUGCUUUAGUGUCCAUGGAAAGGAGGUUUAAGCUUCAUAAUUGCGUAGGCCCAAGUCUUCGAUCCACCACAGGUUACCCAGAGGGAUGUGCACUGUCGGUGACAGCGAUGUUGGCGCACAACCUGGUGGGCCACUUCUAUAUGAGACUCCGCCACCCGUCGGUGACACUGUGGAGCUAUGUUGACAAUAUAGAAGCCACUGCACCAUCAUCAGAACCAGCCUUGAGAGCCCUCGAAGCGUUCCACCAAUACAGUGACCUAAUGGAUGUAGCCAUAGACAAUGACAAAUCCUAUGCAUGGUCGGUAAAUGCCUCACAGCGGAAAAACCUCCGAGCGGAGGAGAUGAUCACCAAGUUGAGCGCCCGUGACCUUGGAGGGCAUGUGCAAUACAGCAAAGUAGUCACCAAUGCCACCAUCACCAACAGGUGUGAAGAAAUCAAAGCACUUUGGGGACGUCUUGCCCGUUCACUAGCGCCAUAUGCCCAGAAAGUACGUGCGUUGAUCACCAAAGCAUGGCCUUCUUGCCUACAUGGGGUCUCCUCAGUGCACAUGGCCGAUGACCACUUUGAUAAGCUCCGUACAGGGGCAUUGCAAGGCCUGGGGGAACACAGUAGCGGGGCAUCGCCCUACAUCCACCUUGCUUUGAUCGAAGGGCCAGCUGUAGACCCACAGUAUUAUGCCCUGUUGCAAACUGUGAUGAUGUACAGAGAACACAACCUCACCGAUGACUGCACGUUGUAUUGCAUGAGCGAACUGCACCACACCCGCAAAACAUACGUCCCACGUCCUGGUCCUAUGUCGCAAGAACUUAAAGACAGGUUGUCAGAUGCAUGGCAAGCCAGAACACGUGGCAUGGUCAUCCAUAGGAAAACCUUUGAUGGCAUCCAAUGGACGAGCUCCAAGCUCACCAUGGCAGGAACCAAGCACCUGUCAGCUGAAGAAAAGUCAAUUCUCCGAGUGUGUUUGAAUGGUACUUUCUUUACAGCUGAUAGAAGGAAGCAUCAACAACCUGACUCCGACACCACAUGCCAGUUUUGUGGCGUUGUCCCAGGUCAUGUUCAAACUGCUUUGCGUGGAGAGAUCACCGCAGCAAUAAGUGCAUGUGAAUAUGCCCUCCAGGUUGGCCGUGAGUUGCACUUGUGGACUGAUAACGAUCUGGUCUAUAGGAGAAUUUUGAAGUUUCAGCAAAAACAAUGCUACUUUAAACCCAAUCAAAAAGAUGCAGACCUUUGGAAAAUCUUGCACCAGCGGGUUCGACAGCUAGGAGUUUUCUUUCUAGGCGUAACAAAAGUAUGUAGCCACCAAGAUGUCUCUACAGCGGAUGAUGAAUAUGAAGCAUGGGUUUUCAAAGGAAAUGCAGCUGCUGACCAUGUCGCCGACACUGCAGUGUACCAACAUGUUGGUUUAUAUAAGCUGUGGCAGUCCCUUCAACAAGAAAUAGCUCACAUCCAUAUGCUCCGCAACCACGUUCACCGAACCUUGAUCCAAGUUGGAAAACAUGCGGUCCGCUCUGGGACUGGGAAGCCUCCUGACAAGCAGCAUGCUGAAAGAAUCUCCAGAGAAGAAAUCGCCGAAGCCGAUUUUAGUCCAAUCCCAGUAGACUGCCUCCCCGGUAAGUACAUGUACCCCUAUGCCGAGGAACUCCUGAGUUGGCUUCACCAACUUGUCGACCCAAGCGAGCCUGUUAGAUGUAUCUCUUGGUUUCAGGUCAAUGUAAUCUUUGAACACCAGACCCGGCGGACUGGUGUUAGACACAUCAAAAGCAGAAAGCAAUGGGUUGAAGGAGAGCGAGACACCAAGCACAUUGACUUUGUCCGCCGCACUAACUAUCUGUCUGAUUGGGUGCAGGGAGUGUGGAGAUCAGCAAACCGACCCAUAAAACUACUGCAUCUUCGUCCAGAGAGCAAUGUCCUGCAGUUUUGGACGCAAUGCCUGGCCUUACGCAUACGUGCAGGCUUGGUACAACUGGCAGAUGAGGUGCUGAUGGAAUCUCAAGUCAAGGUCUCCAGCGUGCGCUCGCUACGGUACCUUUAA